GGUGCCUCACUGAGUUCAUUAGGUAAGAUUUUGCCUUCCUGUCUUGCUGAGUUAUUUCAUCUCUGUUAUUGGUUUGUCCCUUGCUUUAGUUGUAGCAACUUUUGCAUUUUAUUUCUUACAGUUGCUUGAAGAGCCUGUAGGAUGAAAUGGAGAAGAAGGAGAGUGAGAGAAUCAGCAAUGAAGCUGACAUUGAAAAUAUAGAUCCGCUGCUGGCUAUGGGAGAUGAAUUGGCAACUGAUAUACUCAUUCGGCUCCCUUUAAAGACACUUUUUAGAUCCAAGUGCGUUUCGAUUCGCUGGAAUUGCUUGAUCUCAGAUUCCCUUUUUGCCUGUAUGUAUGUUAAUAGACAAGAAGGAGGAUCACGUACCCAUACGACCACCCCCAUCAGUUUCUUUUGUCAGUUAGAUCAUUUUGCAUUUGAUUAUGAAUAUUUGCCGCCAGAGGACAAGAGACUUCACUUUCUUAGGCUUGACAAUGAUGCCAAGGAUGAAAGCGAUGACAAUCAUGUCGUCAUGCAACACAGAGUGAGAUCUUUUGAACAUAAUGUCUUCAUGGUUGAUUCUAGCAACGGGUUACUACUAUUUGCUGGGACUGGAAACAAGUUGUACUUUGUGUCUAACUUGGUAUCUAAGCAAUGGGUUGCCCUGCCUCAACCUAAAAGUUGUUAUCCAUAUGAAAGUGCCAAAUUAGUCCGCAAAUACGAUGACAGUUACAAACCCUCUCUCACCCAGAUGAAAUUCGAAGUUUUACUUUUCUCACGCUAUGAGAAUAUGAGUUCACUAUUUUUGGAAAUCUUUUCUUCAGAGACUGGAAAUUGGAGAAUGGUAGUACUCCAUAAUUAUCCUUCUUAUUUUAGAACACUUCACUGUCAUACCUUGUUCAAUGGGGCUGCAUACUGGUUGGAUGAACAUGCUGGUGGUGCUGCUAGGAUUGCUGCCCUUGAUUUUAGCCAUCUUAAGAUGGCAUCCAUGCCAUCACACUCAGUUCCACACAGUGAUCUUGCUGUGAUGCCAGAGGAUUGUGUUCAGUUCAUCCCAUUGCCUGCAAGCAGUGAUCUUCCCAGCAAUGGAUUCUUGGGAUUCUCGGGUGGUUUAUUGCACUAUGCUGAGAGCAACCUGACCAAUCUCCACAUCUGGGCUCUUUCCAGUGGAGGACUCUCACAGUCCUCUCAGGUUGCAUGGUCUCUGAAGCAGAGUGUCAGUCUACAGUUCAUGAUCGAUGAACAUCCGGAUAUAUUUCACUGUAUUCCCAAUUACGAAGGAGAGUAUGAUAUCAGGCAUAAACAACAUAAGUUUCACUUCUCUCCGUUGGCUUUCCAUCCAUCAGGUCUCCACCUUGUUUUGUUGAGCUUGCCAGGGAUGAUAGUCUCAUAUCACAUUCAGAAGAGAAAGUUGGAGGUUGUGCACCAUUACAAUGUCCAAAACUUUCGUCAUGUUCCUCGCUUCAUAGUCCUAUCUUACAACUAUCCUGCAUGGCCUACUCGAUUGCCCCCUGUAAGAAAUGACUUUCCUUAUUCUGAUUGACACUUGUGGUCUGCUUAAUGGGUUGUUAUGUAUUUAUAAUAUCCAUGGGAGCCUGAAUGCAUCUCAAGGUAGCUGAUUUAGAGUUUACAUUAACUUCAGAAUA